AUGUCUCAAUCUUCCGGUUCCGCUCAGAUCAAAAACAAAAUUGCUGAUACGGUGAAAACGAGAUCAAAGUCUAAGAAGGAAGGAACAACUGUUGUGGUAGAUGCGAUGCCUUUAUCAAGUAUUCCUGCAACUACUUCUAAGAAGAAGAAAUCUGCAAAAUCGUCUAAGAAAGUAAGUGAAUCGUCUCCCUCUAUUAAGUCUGAUUCUAUUAAGUCUAAGAAGAAGAAACCCCAAUCUCCUGUAAAAAGGGGUUUAAGCAUGUCUGAUCUGUACUUAAGUAAGAACUUUUCUGAAACGGCGAAUGUGGAAUCGCAUGAUGUUGCCUCCGGCAAAAAUGCGAAUGUUGAAUCGUCUGUUAAGUCUGUGUCUGACAAAGUGAAUCAAGAAAACCCUACUGUAGAGGAAAACCCUAGUUCUGUUGAAACCCUAGGAAAAACCCAAAAUAUUGCUGAGAAUGUUGGUAUGACCAAUCAUCCGAGUGUUCCUGAGAAUAUGACAGUUCCCACGAAUGUCAUAACUGAUGUUACUGAAAAAUCUCAAGAAAAGGCUGUUGUAACCGAUGCUCCAACCGGUGAUGAACCAUCCUCUAUACCAACUGAUGCUGAGAAGGAUGUUGAAGCAUCCAAAGGAGGAUCUAGCCCACAUGCUAACACUGCCACUGGGUCGUUUGGCAGUAGAUCUAAUACUGAAGCUUCCACUGAAGAGGAAGUAAACAAAGAAAGUACCCCUGAGGAUGUGGCUGAUUCUGAGCCAGAGAAUGAAGCUGGUGAGGACUCUGAGAAAACCACAAAUGAAGAACAGGACAUAGUGGAUGUUGAUGAAGUCCCCUCUGAAGAAGAUCUGCAACCUCCACCUACUCAGAAAGGAAUUGGGAGAAGACUGAGAAGCAGGACCACUACACCUGCACCUGCUGUUACCACUACCCCUGUUGUCACCAAGAACUCAAAGGACACUACUCUGAAGCCUGUCAAGUAUGGUCCUAAGAAAGGAUGGAGCAAGCCUAUACCUCCUCCUGAAAAGAAUAAGGGUGUGCUGAAAAGGAAGAGUGCACCUUCAAGUGACUCUGAAUUUGCAGCUGAAAAGGAUGCCUCAAGCAUCAAGCCUCCUGCUAAGAAGGCUAUGUCUGCUAAGAAAGCCAUGCCUCAAUUUGUUACUCCUGACAUUGAAGACUUUCCUUGCUCCUGCUAUGAAAAGCUGGUUAGGGAGUUUGUUGUCAACAUUCCUAUAGGUUGUGACAAUCCCUUGGAUAAGGAGUUUCAGAAAGUCUUUGUUCGAGGAAAAUGUGUUACUUUCUCCCCAAGUGUGAUAAACAGGUUCCUGGGUAACUCUGAUGAGCCACACCCUGAUAUAGAUGUGUCUGAUAAUGUGGUCUGCAGAACCAUCACAGCUGAUAAAGUGAAAACCUGGCCCAAGAAGAAGAAGGUACCAGCUGUCAAGCUAACCCAAAAGUAUGCCAUCUUGAAUCGCAUUGCUUCUGUCAACUGGGUCCCUACCACACAUGCAUCCGACAUUGCAACAAAUCUGGGUAAGCUCAUUUAUAUGAUUGGUACUGGUACUAAGUUUAAUGCUGGUCUAUAUAUUUUCAAUCAAGUUGUGCAGCAUGCCAAGACCUCUGUCACCAAGCAACCCAUUGCAUUUCCAACCCUAAUCUGUGACAUCAUCUUGUCCCAACAUCCGAAUAUAAGGCAUGAGGAUGAGUCUGCUAAGAAAAGGGCAACUCCUCUGGCCAUUCAUCAGAAGCUGUUCAGUAAACAGCAUGCUCCAGAUAUUGCUGGACCAUCAAAUGCUGCUGCUGACAUUCCUAUGACAAGGAAGGAGAUGAUUGCUAUGCUGGAAGCAAACUGUAAAGAGCUAGAUUAA